UCUUUAAUACUCAAAACACAUCUAGCUUGACCGUGAUUUAUGUUAGACUUGUUCGGCAAUAUUCGCAAACUUUCUUUUUUGCCAUCGGGUCGCUUGUUAUGGCUUCUUUUUAAAACCAAAAGGCUAUCCUAGAAUCGAAAGGCCUGGAAAAUGAAGUUGAACGUAUCUUACCCUGCAAAUGGCACCCAAAAACUCAUCGAAAUUGAUGAUGAGAUCAAACUUCGUUACUUCUACGAAAAACGUAUGGCUCAAGAAUGCUCAGCGGAAUGCCUUGGAGAUGAAUGGAAGGGUUAUGUUGUUCGGAUUGCUGGUGGAAAUGACAAGCAAGGAUUUCCAAUGAAACAGGGUGUUAUGACUAAUGGUCGUGUUAGACUGCUCCUUUCAAAAGGUCAUUCUUGCUACCGUCCAAGGCGAACUGGAGAACGCAAGAGGAAGUCAGUAAGAGGGUGCAUUGUUGAUAGCAACUUGAGCGUCUUAAAUUUAGUUGUUUUAAAAAAAGGCGAGAAUGAUAUACCCGGUUUGACGGAUCGUGUUGUUCCAAGGCGUUUGGGACCAAAGCGAGUUGGUAAAAUCAGAAAGCUUUUUAAUUUAACUAAGGAAGACGACGUGAGACAAUACAUCAUACGCCGACCAAUUGCUCCAAAGGAAGACAAGCCAGCACCAAAGAAGCCGAAAACCAAAGCUCCAAAGAUUCAAAGAUUGGUAACACCACAACGUUUACAAAGAAAAAGACGUGUGUUGGCUCUAAAGCGUGACCGUGUUAACACUGCCAAACAAGAAGCUGCUGUGUAUGCUAAGUUGUUGGCCAAGCGACACAAGGAAGCAAAGGAAAAGAGACAUCAAGAGCACAUGCGGAGAAGAAUGUCCAGCCUUAGAGAAAGUAAAAGUCAUUAGAAAUAUAUCUUAGACUUCAAA